AUGGGGUCCGAUGUGCGGGAUAUGAACACCCUCCUACCCCCAGUCUCCUCCCUGGCCGGGAAUAGCAGCUGUAAUGUACCGGUGAACAGCAACACCCAGUGGGCCCCGGUGCUGGACUUCCCCCCGGGGGCCCCGUAUACCUCCCUCGCCCCCCACUCGUUCAUCAAGCAGGAGCCCACCUGGAACCCGGAUCUUCACGAGGAUCAGUGCCUGAGCGCCUUCACCGUCCACUUCUCCGGACAGUUCACCGGCACCGCGGGGGCAUGUAGGUACGGAGCCUUCGGGGCACCACCUCCUAGCCAAGCCUCCACGGGACAGCCUCGGAUGUUUCCCAAUGCCCCUUACCUAUCCAACUGCCUGGAGAACCAGCAGGGCAUCAGGAAUCAAGGAUACAGUGCGGUGGCUUUUGAUGGAACUCCAAGUUAUGGUCAUACUCCGUCUCACCAUACGGCACAGUUCCCCAACCACUCCUUCAAACAUGAAGAUCCCAUUACCCAGCAAUCCUCUCUCGGAGACCAGCAGUAUUCUGUACCUCCACCAGUCUAUGGCUGUCACACCCCUACUGACAGCUGUACUGGCAGCCAAGCUCUCCUACUGAGAUCUCCAUACAACAGUGAUAAUCUGUACCAGAUGACCUCCCAGCUAGAUUGCAUGGCAUGGAACCAGAUGAAUCUGAGUUCUUCACUGAAAGGUCAUGGGACAACCUAUGAAAAUGACAGUCACAGCACACCCAUGUUGUACAGCUGCGGUGGUCAGUAUCGGAUACACACACAUGGUGUGUUCAGAGGAAUACAAGAUGUUAGACGUGUUCCUGGUGUGACCCCAGCUAUAGUCAGAUCAUCAACAGAAACCAAUGAAAAGCGGCCUUUUAUGUGUGCGUAUCCAGGAUGCAACAAAAGAUACUUCAAACUGUCCCAUCUGCAGAUGCAUAGUAGAAAGCACACAGGUGAGAAACCUUACCAGUGUGAUUUUAAAGACUGUGAGAGAAGGUUUUCUCGCUCGGACCAACUUAAGAGGCAUCAAAGACGACACACAGGUGUGAAACCCUUCCAGUGUAAAACGUGCCAGAGAAAGUUCUCGCGGUCUGACCACCUAAAGACACAUACCAGGACUCAUACAGGUAAAACAAGUGAAAAGCCUUUCAGUUGUAGAUGGCCCAGCUGUCAGAAGAAGUUCGCCAGGUCAGACGAAUUGGUCCGCCAUCACAACAUGCACCAGAGAAAUAUGACCAAGCUACAACUGGCUCUUUAG